GGGUUGGGGAAUCUCCUUCCUUUUCCUUCCUCCUCCACUGCCUCGCUCGCUAGAUAGAUAGAUAGAUAGAUAGAUAGAUAGAUAUAACAGGCCAUGCCGGCCGGCUAGCCUCCCAGUCCCAGCAGAGACCAGAGCUUCUUCUUCUUGGCCUUCUCUGCUUCGCUGUUCUUGUUCUUGAGAUCGCGCUUUCUGACCGGGGAGUGCCGUGCCGGAGAUCCUGAAAAGAGAUUGCGCGCGAGAAGGGGGGAAACAUCGGCUUGAACCUUCACCGACAACAGGUACUAACCGAGGCAUGGACAGGGAGCAGAUGAGGAUGGCCAUCCUGAACCAAGAACGGAUCUUCAGACAACAGGUACACGAGCUGCACCGGCUGUACCACGCCCAGAAGCAGCUGAUGAUGCAGCAGGCGCAGACGGCUCCUGCUCCGGCGGUCGUCGACGCCGAGCCGAGACCGAGACCGCCGCAGCUGGAUAUCUGGUGCGGCGAGAGGGCGACAGCAAGUCCUCAGCAGCACAUCAUCAGCUUCCACGAGGCCGCAGCACCUGCGGCUGCGCUGGCCAAGGAAUGCAACCUUGAGCUGACACUGGCGACCGGCCGGGCAAGCAGCAGCAGCAGCAGCGACGCGGAAAGGCGACAGGGAAUAAUAAAGCGGCUCAAGGCGGCGCCGUCCAACUCGGACUCCGGCGCGACCGCGGUGUCGUCCACGUCGACCGACUCCGAGCUGGCGCCGUUCCGGGAGGUGGUGGAGGACGUGGCGACGCCGGUGAGGUUUCGCGGCGAGGUUAGCGGGAGGAGGAGGAUGGACGAGGUGGGGCAGGGUCCGUGGUUGUACCAGCCUCAGCCUGAGUACGGCGUGAUGACGAUGCUGUACUCUACGUCGUAGGAUCUGGGGAUUUGGGGUUAGAGUUGGGAGGGAGACAGCACUGUUUGUGUUUUA